CGCGGGAAAACGCGAAAAAGAUGGCGCCCCGCGCCCGGGGGGCCCCUUCCUGAGCGCCCCGGCCCCUCCCUCCUCCUCCGCCCCCCCUCCUCCCCGCGGCGCCCCCGCCCCGCCCCGCCCCCGCCGAGACCCCGACCCCGGCCCCACGGGCGGACACUCGGCCGGGCAGCCGCGGGCCGAGCGCAGCCACCUCCGCCGCCGAUGCGCCUGGUGGCCAGACUCCAAGUGGGACCGGCGGACACGCAGCCUCGCGUGUCAGUGGAAGCUGAUGGAGAAUCGAGGUCUGGACCCAGGGACUCGGGACUCCUAUGGUGCCACCAGCCACCUCCCCAACAAGGGGGCCCUGGCAAAAGCCAAGAACAACUUCAAAGACCUGAUGUCCAAGCUGACAGAGGGCCAGUAUGUGCUGUGCCGGUGGACAGAUGGACUGUAUUAUCUCGGGAAGAUCAAGAGGGUCAGCAGUUCUAAGCAGAGCUGCCUUGUAACUUUUGAAGAUAACUCCAAAUACUGGGUCUUGUGGAAGGACAUACAGCAUGCUGGUGUUCCAGGAGAGGAACCCAAGUGCAACAUCUGCCUGGGGAAGACAUCAGGACCACUGAAUGAGAUCCUCAUCUGUGGGAAGUGUGGCCUGGGUUACCACCAGCAGUGCCACAUCCCCAUAGCGGGCAGUGCCGACCGGCCCCUGCUCACACCUUGGUUCUGCCGACGCUGCAUCUUUGCGCUGGCUGUGCGGAAAGGCGGCGCGCUGAAGAAGGGCGCCAUCGCCAGGACCCUGCAGGCUGUGAAGAUGGUGCUGUCCUACCAGCCCGAGGAGCUGGAGUGGGACUCGCCCCACCGCACCAACCAGCAGCAAUGCUACUGCUACUGCGGCGGGCCGGGAGAAUGGUACCUGCGGAUGCUGCAGUGUUACCGGUGCAGGCAGUGGUUCCACGAGGCCUGCACCCAGUGUCUCAAUGAGCCCAUGAUGUUCGGAGACCGGUUCUACCUGUUUUUCUGCUCCGUGUGCAACCAGGGCCCAGAGUACAUCGAGAGGUUGCCCCUGCGAUGGGUCGAUGUGGUUCACCUGGCCCUCUACAACCUGGGGGUGCAGAGCAAGAAGAAGUACUUUGACUUUGAGGAGAUUCUGGCCUUUGUCAACCACCACUGGGAGCUCCUGCAGCUUGGCAAGCUCACCAGCACCCCCGUGACGGACCGAGGACCGCAUCUCCUCAACGCUCUGAACAGUUAUAAAAGCCGGUUCCUCUGCGGCAAGGAGAUCAAGAAGAAGAAGUGCAUCUUCCGCCUGCGCAUCCGCGUUCCGCCCAACCCCCCCGGGAAGCUGCUGCCCGACAAGGGCCUGGUGCCCACUGAGAACGGCGCCUCUGAGCUGCGUAAGAGAGGAAAGAGCAAGCCUGGUUUGUUGCCUCAUGAAUUCCAGCAGCAGAAAAGGCGAGUUUAUAGAAGAAAAAGAUCAAAGUUUUUGCUGGAAGAUGCUAUCCCCAGUAGUGACUUUACCUCGGCCUGGAGCACCAACCACCACCUGGCCAGCAUAUUUGACUUCACGCUGGAUGAGAUACAGAGUUUAAAAAGCGCCAGCUCAGGCCAGACCUUCUUCUCCGACGUGGACUCCACUGAUGCUGCCAGCACCUCUGGCUCCGCUUCCACCAGCCUUUCCUACGACUCCAGACGGACAGUGGGCAGCCGCAAGAGGAAGCUGGCAGCCAAAGCGUACAUGCCACUGCGGGCAAAGCGGCGGGCGGCCGAGCUGGGUGGACGCUGCCCCUCCGACAGCAGCGCAGAGGGGGCCUCAGGCCCCGAGCGGCCCGACGAGGGCAUCGACAGCCACACGUUCGAGAGCAUCAGUGAAGAUGACUCGUCCUUGUCCCACCUCAAGUCAUCCAUCACCAACUACUUUGGCGCAGCUGGGCGGUUAGCCUGGGGAGAAGUACCAGGUGCUGGCUCGGAGGGUCACGCCCGAGGGCAAGGUUCAGUACCUGGUGGAGUGGGAAGGGACUACCCCUUACUGACCAGCCCCCACAGGAUGCCAGCAGUCCUGGAAACCAAAGGGGAGACAGCGGAAGCCACAGGCUCCCCAGUUCUCUCCAGGCUGGGGUAGGGGAGGGAAGCAAGACGGAGCUGCAAGUGCCUGGCCAGAGCCCUGCCUGCCUGCCUGCCAGGGCUGUGCCCCCGCUGUGCCCGUUCUGCUCUCCGGCCUCCUCAGGCUCACCACCUCUUUGCCUGUGUCUCUGAGGUCCCGCUGGCUACUUCUCAGUGUCUCCACACACUCCCUCAAACUGUUUACCUGUUCCUCUGAAUUAGUGUCCUGCUGGCUCUGUGGCCUGUUCCUGAGGCCCGAGUCUUUGUCCCCAGUGCGUCCCUUUACCUUUCCUUCCCCUUUUGGGUGUGUGUGUGUGUACACACCCAACCCUCCACUGGACAUCCUUACACCUGACCCAUGCCAGGGACCACAUAAUGAGAACAGAAACCUUUGAGAAAGACUGGGUGAAGGUGGGUAAGAGAAUGCCUUGAGGAGCCUUUCCCUCUCACUUUCCUGCCUCUCCUUCUGCCCUUGGGAAGAGGUGGUGAGGGUGGGAGAGAGAAUGCCUCUGCAAAGCCUGUGUGGCAGAGGCCCUGGGACUCUCAGGAUCUGAGGUGUGAGGAGGCUGGGUCUCUGCCUCCGAAGGCACCAGCACCAGAGCCCAGUUAUUAAGGCCCAGAGUGCAGGCUGCAGGCGUCAGCUUCUGAGACCCGUGUUCCCUCCCCUGGCCACAUCCCUCUCUCUCUUACCAUGGAGCUGGGCCUGGCCUCGCAAACCUGAGGCUGGAGGAAGGGAAGCCGUGUCCUGCUACACCUCAGACUGUCUCCUCUGCCUCCCACCCUCAGACUCACCCCCCACACAUAAGCUUCCAUCUGCGUGUGUGCUUUCACCUCCAGGCACACACACGGGCCCCGGCCUCCAGGUGUACACACACCACACACACACACACACACAGCCACACAUUCCUUCGGGUGCCAGCGUGGCUCCUGCCCUUGGCUUUUCCUUGGCCCUCUUCUGGGGGCCACGUGCUGCAACUCAAUGUGAACGUCCAGCACCUGCCCGUGAACCAGCUGUGACCCUAGAGGGAGGCACGGGGGACUCAUACCCUCUUCCUUAUCCCCUGCCCCGUUCUGAAAUUGACAAUCACUUGUGGGGCAGGCUGGGAUUUUUUUAAAGGGCCUGAGUCAUGAAGUCCCCUCAAAGGGAAGCCUUUGUCAGUGGGAGUAUACAGAGUUCUUAGAACCAACAUCAAAACUCAGACCCACCUGGAGGGAGACCAAAAAUGGGAGGGGGAGGAAACCCCUCAUUUUUGCUGCUUCCAGAGGUAUUAGAAACUGACUCACUUGAUUGGAACAAGUGCCUUGACUGGGGCAAGGGCUGUACCAGAUGGGGACCAUCCUUGCCAACUGCUGCUGUGGCCUCCAGCUCGGCUGGGUUUCGGAGGCUGCCGGCUGCAAGGUGAAGGGGGAUGAACAAUGAGCUGAGAGCAGCAGGCCUGGAGCUGGUUCUUCCAUUAGGCUGACCCCCUCCCCAUCUGUGGGCAUUCAGGGGGGUCCCUGAGAGAGUUCAGAUGCCCCUUGCCUCAAACCUCAGCCCCAACAGUGCCUUUCAACUGGGACCUCACCUCCUGUACACAGCCCACCCACUUCCUUCUGCUUCCCAGCAUGGUCCAGGCAGGAACAAGCUGGUUGGGCCCAGUUCUCUCCCUUCUCAGCUCCACAGCUGCUGCCACUGAAGCCCCCAACUGGGGCCAGGUGGAAGGGGAGCUGAGAAGGCAGCCCCCAGCCGCCUGAAGUAUGUGGCCAGAUCUAACCGGGGGCCUCCUGCCUGGCUCCAGAGAACACAGCAGCCUCCCAGGCCUGCCUUCCAGGCUUCUGAGAAAGUGCAGGAUGAACACAGCCUGUCAGUGUACCUGCACCUCCUCUACUCAAGCUCCAGAGGCUCUGGCCUUGAAGAGGAGGAAGGAGGGAGACAGUGUCUUCUUCACCUGGAGGUCAGUGUUAAGGCCUGGCAAGGUCACACCGACUCCACACCCCAGCGUUUCAUUCAUACCUGAAAAUAGCUGCAUUACUGCCAACUGACCUUAUCAUAACCCUGUGCACCUUCGAAAAGAUUUAUGGUUUUGAAUUGCUGCUUUUAAUAACAUUUGUUAUAUUAAAAUUAUAAUUAAUGUG